CUCGGUCAGUCGGGCUGUCGCGACGAGGGCUCAUGGCGGGCCUGGGAGCGCGCGCCGUCCUGGUGACCGGAGCGAACCGCGGGAUCGGCCUGGAACUGGUUCGGCAGCUCGCGGGCGGGCCCGACGCGCCGCGGUGGAUCUUCGCCUGCUGCCGCGAGCCGGACGGGGUGCACGGGCAGAAAUUGAGGAAAUUAGUUUCCAGCCACCCAAACCUUGUGAUAGUGAAGCUAGAUGUUACGAACCAUGCAACCAUUAAGGCAGCUGCCACUUAUGUUGAGGACCACCUGGAAGACACAGGGCUGAAUCUGUUAAUAAACAAUGCUGGAGUUCUUGCAGAGGUGGCACUAGAAACUGUGGCUCCCCAAGACAUGUUAAAUGGAUACAACAGCAACGUCGUAGGACCACUGUUGGUGAGCCAGGCUUUCCUGCCUCUGUUAAGGAGGGCAGCCCAAGGAAGCAUACAGAAAGGGCUAAGCUGUAGUAGAGCAGCCAUUAUCAACAUCUCUACUGUCUUGGGCUCCAUUGGGUUAGCCCCGCACACCUUUGUAAAGCACGUGAUCUCCUACCGCUGCAGCAAGGCUGCCCUCAACAUGCUGACCAAGUGCCAGUCUUUGGAUUACAAGGAGGAUGGGAUUUUGUGUGCUGCAGUUCAUCCAGGGUGGGUGAAGACAGACAUGGGCACACAGCAGGCCGACCUGACUGUGGAUGAGAGUGUGCGAGGGAUCCUGAGCGUGCUGUCCCGGUUUGGUGAUGAGCACAACGGUGCUUUUGUGAAUUGGAAGGGAGAGACGAUUCCUUGGUGAGGGUCUUCUGCGUCCAUGGCAAGCUGCGAGACGAAGCUGCUGCCCAGGAAACCCUGAGAAGGCAGCUUUGCUCCCAUGCCACAAUCAGUGGGGUGGUUGCCCCAUCUCACACGGCUAAUAAACUCCCUCCCUUAGGAAA